CUGGGCUGGGGUUUCCCGGGCCGGGGCGGGCGGGUCUGGGAGCAUGCACAGAGCUGCCCAGGCCACCCUUCCCUGUCCCCUCCUCCCGCCACUGUCACAACGCCCGCCAUCCUUCGAAGUGCCCGGACCAGCGACGGGCCUGUGCGCGUAGAAGCAGGAGCACGCCGGUCCUCCCGUCACCAGCCCUCCCUCACUGUGUCCCUCCCUGCCUCCCCUGGGCCCUGGGCUGUGACCUACCUGAGGUCCCCCGGCUGUGCAGCUGUGCGGUGUUAAGCUGGUUGCCUGUGGCGCUCCUCCCGCUGGGGCCGACUCAGGAUUUUAUUGAGGGGAACGGGAUUGUGGGGUCCCCAGAUCUUUCCCCUGAGACAGUGGGAGGGGGUGGGGUCAUCUGUCUCCUGUCGGAUAAGGGGUCUGCUAGGCUGGAAGGACACGAUCCGCUUCCAGGAGAGGAUCUUCUCUGCUGCUGCUGGCUGGGGCGUCAACGUGAUGAGCAGAACCAAACCUUGAGGGAGGUGUUUCCCAUGCCAGGGGCCCUCCUGAGUCCCAGUGGUCCCCCAACCCUGCUGAGUAGAAAACCUGUUCCGGCACAUCCGCCAACGUUGUCCUUUUCUACCUAAUGACUUUGUCUUCUCCCCGCCACCCACCCCAGUCCUUGUGCAGGUGACGAAGCCCGGACCAGUGGAACAGCGUUUCCUGCUCAGACCACAAAGCAGGUACUCUGCGGGAUGGGGCAGGAGGGCACCCUUACAGUUCCAUCCCUCGAGGGGCUCCGUCCACACCGUUCCGUCCUCCUUGUGGUUUUGUGGCCCCGAUGACAAAAGGGUUGGCCAAGAAACUGAAUGGCAGACACGAGGCAAACCCGCAGCCCGGUUAUCGACCCUCGUAGAAGAAAGAGAAAGGGCCAGGCCACGGGGGGACAUCCAGCCUCCCUCGUGAAUAAUCCGGACCCAAUGAGCAGGGCGACCCUCUGUCACCCGUCGGGUUGGCCGGGCUGGAACAGGGUAACGGUGCUCAGGGCCGACAGUGGAGGAGGGAGGACGUGGAACCCUUGCCCGUGGUUGGCGGGGCGUACACAGGGGAGCCUUUGGGGAAGGUGGUCUGCCGGCCUGUACAUCAGCAUCUCAGGUGCGCAUGCCGUGACCCUGGCCACCUUCUAAAGAGGUCCUCUGCCCGCGAGUGUCCGUUGUGACAUCCUCUGUAGUGGCGGAAAGUACACAGCAGCCUGGGAGUCUCCAUCAGUAAGGGAAGAGUCAGCAGAUGGAGGGACAGCCAACAACGGGAGGCCACACAGGCAGUGCAAAAGAUGACAGAUGACGAUGUCCAGGCAUGCAGGAACGCGCUGGACGUGCCCCGGCUGGAGAAAGCACUGUGCGCCCUGCGGAGAUGUCCGGGACGGAGCUUACUCCUACCUCUGAAUUAGUCUGCCACGGAGGUGGGAGCAGACUCCCACAGACUGGGUGGCUUAAGGAGCAGAAAGGAAUGGCCUCCCGUUUCUGGGGGCUGGAAGUCCGAGCUCUAGGCGUCAACUAUAUUCACCUCUUCCGAGAGCCGGGAGAGCACGUGUUCCGUCCCUCCCCCGCAGCUUCUGGUGGUUUCCUGGCCAUCUGUGGCCUCCCCUAGCUGGUGGAUCGCGGCCUGCCUCUUCACAUGCCUGUCCCUGAACUUCACCCUUUUAUAAGGACACCAGUCAUACUGGGUGAGGGUCUGCCGAGCUGAGCUCAUUUGAACUCAGAGGGUCUGUAAAGACCUUUUCUUUAUACGGAAGGUUACGUUCUGAGGGACUGGGGAUUGAGGCUUCCGACCUGCGGAUUGGGCGGGAACGUGAUGCAACCCACAAGGACGGAUAAAGGCCCUGAGGGCGGGAUGCUCUGGGCCUGAGCCCGGGAUGGAAGGAAGGCCUUUGUGGCUGCAGGGUGGUGAGUAGAGGGGAGAAGGGAGCAGAUAGCGGGGGGUGGGGGUGAAGAUCACGUGGGGCCUUGAGGCCCUGGUGACAAGUGUGGAUCUGUCCUGGAUGGGACAGGCGGCGCCUCGGAGGUUCUGGAAGGGGAGUGACAGGAUGGAUCACUCCUGUACCAGAACCGCUCUGUCCACGGUGCAGACACUAGCGUGCUGCACGCCCACGGUGAGUCCGAGGAUGAUCGGGAGACCGCCCGAGAGGGCAGCGGGACCUGGGGAGACUUGGACUAGGAUGGUGGCCGUGGCGACGAUGGAGAGGGGUCAGGCUCUGAGGAGGUUGGGGGCGCGGCGCCCUUGUGAUGUGAGGGCCCCGGGCAGGAGGGGGAGCCCGGGCAGCUGCUGGGUCGGGGACUGGAACGACACAUUGAUGGUGAAACCCCUUGCAGAGGGGGAACGGAAGUGGAUUUGAGGGUGGCGGUGGUUGGGGACCUGAGGCUGCUGGCUCUGGGAGGUGGAGACGAAGCGGGAGUGGCCCGUGUGGAGGGGGACGGAGCAGGCGAGCCUGCAGUGUGCCAGUCUGAGAAGAAGGGAGGGAGGGGUGGUUAAGGGCACCGACCGGGCUGUCGGGCCACGACUUAGAUGAGGACAGAACAGGCACGAGGCGGGUCACUGGUGCGUGGGGUGGCCCGUGUGUUCCUGGAACGUGGGGGGUGGCACACGGCGAAGGGGCAGAGGCUGCGAGUGUAGACUAGUGUCCUGGGGACCUCUGCCGUGUGGAGAUUCGGAGAAGGCCUCAGGAGCCGGAGGCCUGUGUGGGCUGGGGGAGGGGGCGGGUUGGGGGGAGUCUUUGUCCUUGUGGUGAGGGCUACACAGGUGUGGCAAACCCAGGGGCCUCCCCAUGUGUGCUCUCCUGGGGCUCAGUGGCCUCUGUUGUGGCACUGACCACAUGCUGUCCUGGCCCUGCCUUUGUCUAGCCGUCUCCACCCUCCUGCGCCAGCUCGCCAGAGACUCCGUCUGCUGGACAGGUCGUCGUGAGCACCGGCCCCUUCCUUUGGGCGCGUUAGCUGACCGUGUAGUGGUAGAAGGAAGGAGCCAAGGCUCUCUGCUCCCCAGCCAGGCCAGUGAGGCCCCGGAGCUGUAGGGAGAUGAAGUUCGGCUGCCUCUCCUUCCGGCAGCCUUACGCAGGUUUUGUCUUAAAUGGGGUCAAGACCGUGGAGACGCGUUGGCGUCCUCUGCUGAGCGGCCACCGGAACUGUACCAUCGCCAUCCACAUUGCCCACAGGGACUGGGAAGACGGCGCGUGGAGGAAGCUGCUGGCCGAGAGGCUUGGGAUGAGCCCCGCUCAGAUUCGGGCCUUGCUUCGGGAAGGGGAGAAGUAUGGCCGCGGUGUGAUAGCGGGGCUUGUUGACGUUGGGGAAACUUCGCUGUGCCCAGAAGACUUAGCUCCGGAGGAGGUCGUGGAACUGGAAAAGCAAGCUGUCCUGAGCAGCCUGAAGCAGAAGUACCUCACUGUGCUUUCGAACCCCAGGUGGUUGCUGGAGCCCAUCCCCAGGAAAGGUGGAAAGGACAUCUUCCAGCCCUGGCUUGUCUCGCUGAAAGCUGGAGUUGCGGUAGAGCUGGAAUGAGAUUCAUCAUUUUAGACAUUCUGG